CUUGGUAUUCGGGGGUCCUGCCAGUUGUAGGCGCUGUUCCAAGCAAGCUGCAAAACACAAAUCGAUUGUUUAUUUUGUGUUUGUUUACAUUUUCCAAGCGAACAAAUGGCUUCGACUUUGCUAUCACCCAUGGUGGAUUAUUACAACGAUGAAGAAGAACUCGACAGCGUGGACGACGACGACGACCGGAGUUUCAGGGGGAGAGACUCGGAGGAAGACACGGAAGAUGCCAGUGAAACAGACCUUGCCAAGCACGACGAGGAUGACUAUGUUGAAAUCAAAGAGCAGAUGUACCAAGAUAAACUGGCCUCCCUGAAAAGACAGUUGCAGCAAUUACAAGAAGGUACGCUGCAGGAGUAUCAGAAGAGGAUGAAGAAGCUUGACCAGCAGUACAAAGAGAGACUCCGAAAUGCAGAUCUGUUUCUCCAGCUUGAGACAGAGCAGGUGGAGAGGAACUACAUCAAGGAGAAGAAGGCAGCGGUGAAGGAGUUUGACGAUAAAAAGGUGGAACUGAAGGAAAAUCUAAUUGCAGAGCUGGAGGAGAAGAAGAAAAUGAUCGAGAACGAAAAAUUAACAAUGGAGCUGACGGGCGACUCGAUGGAGGUAAAACCUAUCAUGACUCGGAAGCUGAGGAGACGGCCCAACGAUCCGGUCCCAAUACCAGACAAAAGGAGAAAACCUGCGCCAGCUCAGCUAAAUUAUUUGUUAACAGAUGAACAGAUAAUGGAAGAUCUAAGAACGCUUAAUAAGCUUAAAUCACCAAAACGGCCAGUGUCUCCGUCGUCUCCAGAGCAUGUCCCCUCCGCUCCCAUGGAGAACCCCUCCCAGCGUUACGAGGCCCGCAUCGAAGAGGGGAAACUUUACUACGACAAAAGAUGGUACCAUAAGAGCCAGGCCAUCUACUUGGAGUCAAAGGACAACACAAAGAUUAGCUGUGUCAUCAGUUCGGUGGGGACCAAUGAGAUUUGGGUGAGGAAGACGAGUGACAGUACGAAGAUGAGGAUCUACCUGGGACAGCUGCAGAGAGGAGCGUUUGUCAUCCGUCGACGGUCGGCUGCGUGAAACAUUACUCCCCCACCUGUUCAUUUAUCCAUCCAUCCACCCGCUCGUUCAGCCCGUUUCCCUACUCGGUGUAUCUUAGUUGAGUUUGAUAUGUGGCCUCUUACUCUUCAUCAUAUGCACUACCCCCCGUUACACAAGCAUACACACACACACACACACACACACACACACACACACACACACACACACACUGUCUUCCAUGGCCGAGAAUAUCUCAUCAGAUUUUAUCUGUUUUCCCACAUAAACCAAAUGGAGUACAGUGAAAGGGGUCAUAUACGCAACUGACUGUUUUCCAGCAUUAUUUGUCACUAUGUGGCAUGUGUGUGAAGGCGGUUAGUGGUCAUAAACGAGCCUGCUUUGUUUUUUGUCUCAUGCUGUCAACACAAAUCUUUUCUACACCAUGCAGUCAUAUUUACAUUUAUCAUUAAGUUAUUUUCCCUUAGCAGCCUCAUGUUGUCCCACAGAAACUGUCUGUUGCCUUUGAGACUGUGUCACUGGUGAUGUGUAACAAAGCGAGCACUGAGAAACGGACGGGGAGCUGCUGUAGAUCUGGCUGAUUAUCAUGAAUGACUGAAGACGACACAGUUUCCUCACACCAGGAGUCAUGCCAUCUUUCAAAAGAAUAUGCCUUUUACACUGUCACCAUGAAAUGGCUACUUGCUAUGCUGACGGUUUGUUCUGAUCACAUGUCAAAAAGUCAGAUGUAUUAAAAUCUAAAUUUCUUAUUUGGGAAAAAAAAAUGUAUUUUGAGGUUUUUAUGUUACUUUUUUUUUUUGCCAUUUUAUGUGAUCUUCUCCAUGUGUGAACGAUUUCAAUUAUUUCAAACUGUAUUUGCAUGUGGAGCGCUAAGUUGACUGUUGAUUUGUACUGUGUUCCAUUUUAUUAAAAUGUUUCUGCAUUUUAUUAA